UUUUUGAAGCUAGCAUAGAUAAAAGAGGCAAAAUAUGUGUUCACAGGAAUUAACCAUUGUUUUCAUGAUUAUCCGCUGCUAAAAGGAAAAAUGAUUUCUUGGAUGUAUGCUUAGAUAUGACCUGAAAGCAUGCGAUUGCGCUGGCCUGUGAAGCACCCAGCACUUCCUGUGUGUCUUCCUGUGGAUGUGAGCUAUAGUUGGCUCAUGAGAACAGAAUUGUGAGCUACAUUUACAAAGACAACUACUUUAGUAGACUUCAAAACAGUGCAAGAUCGCUGAAUACUUUGAACAGUGUCAGCACUCAAAAUGCAUUACUAGCUAAGAUGCAUAACAAAUUAGCCAUAUUUUUUUUCUUAUAGCAGAAUGUCCAUCAAAGCAUAUAUUUUUCACAUGAGCAUGAACUGUUACUCUGGAGAAGGCAGCUGUAAACAUUGUGGAGCUCUUAACACUCUGCAAGUAGUGCUCUUGUUUACAGUCUGCCCUGGACAUGUUCCAUCUUUGUUUUUCCACAUGGCCAAGUUGAUUUAGCCACAGCUCUUAGAAUUUCUGGAACCUAGUGGAAAAUUUGCCAUCUCACAGAGACGUGAGACAGUGCAUGAACAGACCUCCUAAUGACCUAAAGAACAGGAAAAUGUUAUCACAGGGAAGGUUAGUGGAAAUUAACCAUCAUGUCAAGGUAAACAAUGUCAAGUCAUUAUCUAGGUCAAACUCAAAAAAUAUCCUGCUAAAUAUUCUCCAGUUUUUAUGCCAUUUGUUGCAUAACUGCACCAGCACUUGAGUAUGUUUAUGAUGGGAAUAACAUUUCAUGUAAUUUCUUGUACACUAUAAAACAUGUUAAAAUCUGUUCUAGUUUCUAGCAAUCAAGUUGAAAUAAGAUCUAAUGCAAAAGUUUGUGAUAAUAUAUGGAUUAUGUGAGAUUCAUAAACCAUUUAAAUGGGUCGGUCAUUAUGACCCGGGAACACAAGGAGUGGUAGCCAAUGAGGAAAACAGCACAACAGUUAAGAUGUAAUGUUACUCUACUUUUUGACUGAAACUACUACUUUUGACUAAACUUAGAUUACAUACAACACUGUAUGUAAUCCUUAAAGUUAGUUUUGUUGGUGUAACCUAAUAUAUUCAGGUUGAUUCAGUGAUGUUAACUAAUAUUUUGACUUUACCACAUGAAGCAUAUUUUAUACGUAAAUGUUUUUUCUUUCAGUGUAGAGCUUUUGUGGCAAUUAUUUUUCAAAGCAAAUCCCUUGAAAUUGCAUAUUAUUCUUCCCUCAAAUUAAAUAAAGUAAACAUUACAUAAUAAAACUGAUAUUAAGGUGUUCUCUGUAAAUCUGUGACUCGAGAAACAAAACAAGCAUGAAGUACAAACAGUGCAGCAUGAUCCCAAGCAUGUGAAUGUCAUCACCUCAUUCACCUAGAAAGUGUCUUUAGCUAAAUUUAGCCCACAAAAUCUGCCACUUCACACACACAUGCAUGAUGCGUUGCGUGAGGCCCCUUCUUUAAUGACCACCGUUUAAUGUUUGAAGACAAUUUGCCCUCUAUUUACACCAAUGAGUCCAAAGCUCAGGUGGUGCCCAAUGACCAGGCAACUGAGUGGAUGAAUAAAAGGAGCAGGCUGAGUUUGUGCAGGUCGUCCCGAGACAGAGAGAUUGGAUUCAAGACAUCAUAAUACUGUUUGUCAAACUUGGGAAUGAGAUGAUAAGAUUUUUCAACCUGAGACUUGUGCCUGCUAUGAUUGACAACAUUGAAGACUGAGAAAAUAAAUGAGGAUUUAUACUGUCCCUGCUAAGAUUGUUGUUUUACAACAAACCUAAAGUAGUAAUGGAAGUCCUGUAUGGUUAUGGAAUAAGCAGUACGUUUUAUCUGCAGACGCAAUAUGGGAACGCCCAAAAUUGGUUUGCGUUUGUGUCCAUGGUGGCAGACUUACGUACAACGUUUUUAUUCUUUUUUCCCAUUUGGUUCCACCUACAAUCAGCAGUAGGGGUGAAGCUGAUAUGGGUUGCUGUUGUGGGAGACUGGCUCAACUUAAUCCUCAAGUGGCUGAUGUUCGGAGAGCGUCCUUAUUGGUGGGUUAGAGAAACUGUUUAUUAUGGCAACUCGACCGUGCCACAAAUCAAACAGUUCCCCAUGACCUGUGAGACUGGCCCUGGUAGCCCCUCUGGUCAUGCAAUGGGAGCUGCAGGGGUUUAUUAUGCCAUGGUCACAUCACUGUUGCCGAUUUUGCAGGGCAGUGACCCUGUUAAAAGAUGGUGCUUGCAGGGUUUUCUUUGGACUCUGUUUUGGGGUGUGCAGGUGUGUGUCAGUCUUUCUCGCAUCUUCAUUGCAGCUCAUUUCCCACAUCAAGUCAUUGCUGGAGUUGUUACAGGAAUUGCAGUGGCUAAGGCUUUUAAUAGAGUUUCCUGGAUCUACUCAGCAAGCUUGAAGGGUUAUGUGCAUACCAUCCUCUGUCUUCUCUUUGUUGCCCUGGGCCUUUAUGCCCUGUUGGAUGCUGCCUCAAUAGACCCAUACUGGAGCCUAAUGAAGGCACAGAAGUGGUGCAUUCAGUCUGAAUGGGUCCAUCUAGACACUACACCUUUUGCUGGCCUCCUGCGCAACACCGGGGCCCUGUUUGGCCUGGGGCUGAGUCUUCAUUUGCCUAUUCAGGGUGACAUGGAAAAAAAUAUGAGCUGGGGAAACAACGCCAUUUACAGACUGACCUGUACAGCAGCAACACUGCCACUCCUGAGCCUCUUAGAUUCAUUUAGACCACCCACAAGCACUCAUGCUCUCUUUUACUUGCUGUCUUUCAGUAAGAGUGCCACAGUACCUCUGACCACAAUAAGUUUUGUGCCUUACUGCAUAAGCACAUUAGUGAAUGUAUACCAAAGAAUAAAAGUGCAUUAAACCUAAUGGCAUAUUUAAGCUGAACACAUGACCAUGUGUAUGGGCAGUUUAUUUAAUACAUUUUCUUGCUUUUGAAAUGCUUUGGUAGUAACAAAGUAAUUAUUCUGGUUAACCAAUGGUUAGUUUGGAUGUUCUGAUUUUAAAGUUCCGGUGCAACUUCACCAUCAAACAAGGUGCAUGGAAGUAGCAAAUCAUUAGAGAAGGUAAACCAGCAACACUUGCUGAUUGGAAAACAUACAUUAUAUUUAAACAUAAUAAAUAAAUAAAUAAAUAAAAACUAAAAUAAUUAAUAAUUUAAAAAACAUUUUGGGCCCCUAAUUAACCAGAAAAUUGAUUGGCUAUUUUUGUAAUUACAUUGUAAGAGAUUGCUUGCCUUUAAGUAGCAGAUACUAUCAAUAAUAAAACAAAAACAACUGUUGAACUUACUUUUUGCCCCCAAUCAUAUUAACUUAUACAAUGUUUAAAAAAAACAAAACAUUUUUGUGUUAUCUAUUCAAGAAUUAUACUGCUGUAAUAAAUGAAUGUUAAUAUGGUAACAUUUUAUUUUAUUCUAGUGGUAACGGUAUUCUGCUUUAUUGCUUUAUUUACUCACCAAAAAUAAUGCUGCAAAGUGAGGGAUGUCC